AGUAACCACAACUUCCGGCCGAAACAGGAAGUUCGCGCUGUGACUCUUCAGAAGGGGCGCGCGUCCCCUCGGGGGCGGAGAGACUCAGCUCCGCCUGCUCAGCCGUGAACCUGGGACCUGCCCUUCCCUAGGGAUCCCGCGGGCCCCAGAGAACCCACGCCUGAGCCCGGUGCGACUCGUGGCCGUGGGCGAGAAGCCAUGGACGCCUUUACCCGCUUCACCAACCAGACCCAGGGCCGGGACCGACUCUUCAGAGCCACUCAGUACACAUGCAUGUUGCUUAGAUAUUUGUUAGAGCCUAAAGCUGGCAAAGAGAAGGUGGUAAUGAAGCUCAAGAAACUGGAGUCCAGUGUGAGCACUGGCCGUAAAUGGUUCAGACUAGGCAAUGUGGUACAUGCUGUGCAGGCAACCGAGCAGAGCAUUCAUGCCACUGACCUGGUACCUCGCUUAUGCUUAACACUAGCCAACCUGAACCGUGUGAUUUAUUUCAUCUGUGACACCAUCCUCUGGGUGAGGAGCGUAGGUCUCGCUUCUGGCAUCAACAAAGAGAGAUGGCGAACAAGGGCUGCCCGCCACUACUACUAUUCUCUUCUGCUGAGUCUGGUCAGGGAUCUGUAUGAAAUUUCCCUGCAGAUGGAACAAGUUAUACAUGACAAGGCAAAGAAAGAGAAAUCAGCAUCCCAGGAUCCUUGUGGGUACAGCGUGGCUGAUGAAGAAACAGAAUGGCUCCAGUCCUUUCUACUUCUCUUAUUCCGAUCUCUGAAGCGUCAUCCUCCCUUGCUCCUGGACACAGUGAAGAACCUCUGUGAUAUCCUGAACCCUUUGGACCAGCUGGGGAUCUGUAAGUCCAAUCCGGGCAUCAUUGGACUUGUAGGUCUUGUGUCCUCUGUAGCAGGCAUGAUCACUGUGGCGUAUCCUCAGAUGAAGCUGAAGACCUGUUAGGGUGUUUGUAGGCUCGGAACUGGUACCUACUUUAAAAGAUGGCCUCUUAGUGGGAUAGACAUUUGUGUAAGUCACAGGCCAUGUCACACUGCUUACGUUCUUGUUCAUGUGAGCAUUUAGCAACCUGCAAUGUGUGCAGAGGUGAGGCCAAGAACAGAGAAGGGAGGAACAUGAAGAGUGGAAUGUUUUUGGAGUGCUGGAGUGACUUGUGAAUUUCUGAGUGUUUCCCCUUCAUCUAACAUUGAUUGAACAUCUCUUAUGCACAUAGUAGGAGUUUAGUAUUUGCUGGAUGAAUAAAAAUUGAAAAGAAAAAAUUUAAAAA